GGCAGAUCUCCCGAAACAUCUGCAUCCGAAUCACCUUCAUCUUCGCCGGUUAAAAAUGCCAGUAAACUACCUUCAAAAGAACUGGUAGUUGAACAAACUCCUACAAGAUUUUUAGCUGCUUGUUCAAAACAUGAUUUGGAACCAAAUCCAUUUGAACAAAGUUUUUCUGGAGCCAAUCCCCUUUCAGAAAGUACUGGAACAAAUAGUCCAAAACCAAGUUUACCUCCAGUUGCACAACUUGAAAGUCCAUCGGCUGGUAUUAGUGCUAAUGAAGAACAAUAUGGUUGGAGUUUACAGUCACUACGAACUGGUCCAUUGUCACCUUCUAUUUUAACGGGACCACAAGAGUCUAUGAUGUUUGAUGGGCGUACAGGAACUACACCACUUCCUUUUGGUUCAUUCACAGAUGCAUCGCCUGGAACUGCUGCACUUUUUGGGGCCAUAGCCACGAGCACAAGUUCGGCUACAUCAUUCAUGAAUUCAAUUCCUGCAAUGGCAACUACAGACCCUUUUAAUCGUAAUGUAUUUACUCAAGGUGUCCCAAAACCUCUUACAGAUUCAGAACGUAAAACAAUAUCUACAAAUUCCGGUGCCACCGUUUCUGGUGUUCCUACAUCACAAUCUGGGGUUGUUCAACCUUCCGUGUCAGCGACAAAUAUGCUUGGAAUGACAAAUGGAUCCAUGGCUGCAAUGGCAACAAAUCCAUUAGUUCAUACAAUCAUGCCAAAGACCGAAAAAGAUGAUUUUACGCAGUCUUCAAGUAAUCCUAUUGUUGUAUUAAAUAAUGUAACACAUACUAAUGGUAUAAGUUCAAAUAUAUCAUCACAACAUAAAGGAUCAGUUAUUACUAGUCAAUCGAUGGAUCAUGAUAGUAGUAGAUCAGCCAGUUCCAGUCCAAUAAAAAGUCCUCGUAAUGCACGUCGAAAAGCUGAAGAUAAUUUAAUUUCAGAACAACCCCCUGUAAAGAAAAAUGGUCAAAAAUCUAAAAGUGAUAUGACGGAUGAAGAAAAACGAAGAAACUUUUUGGAAAGAAAUCGUCAAGCUGCACUCAAAUGCCGUCAACGUAAGAAACAGUGGCUUGCUAAUUUACAAGCUAAAGUUGAAUAUCUUACAAACGACAACGAGACUUUGCAAAGUCAGGCACAAAGUUUACGUGAAGAGAUUCUUAAUUUAAAAACAUUAUUGCUUGCACAUAAGGAUUGUCCAAUUGCUCAAGCUAAUGGAGUGAUGGGAUUAGAUACAAUACCACCUAAUGUUGGAGGGAUGCCACCAAAUAUGUCUGGAAUGAACGUUGGGCAUACAAUGAAUGUUAACGUUGGAAUGACUAUGCAAGGCACAAAUGCAGGUAUGCCUAAUGUACAGGGAACGAUGGGAAUGUCGCAAGUCCCUCCACAUAUGUCAAAUCACGUUAAUGGACCUCCAGGUUCCGGUAUGAUGAGAUAUUGAUUUAAACAACGUUAAUGAAGGAAAAAAAAAUGUAAUAGCUUAAUUUUAUAUUCUUAUUAGGGAUGAAUAAUAGUUAUUAAUGCAUUCCUUCCUUCAUUAGCGAAAUCAAUUAUGAACAUUUUGGGUGGAAUCUUGUAAAAAAUCGUGUUUUUCAUCACUGAUAAUUUUUUAUUCUUUGUGUCUUAUAAUACCUGGUUAUAUUAUUGGUUUGGUUUUUUUUUCUCUUCAUUUUUUUUUCUUUUUGUACAGUUUUUUUUAAAGAUUUCCUUGCUUUAUUUUUAAGAUAAUAUUCGCUUUGCUUUUGCUUUGCUACAUUAUUGUGGCAGAUUUUUUUUUUUUUAUGUUAAAAUGUAAUCGAAAUUUAUUUUGAUUAUCAUUACCUUUUUCACUUGGCAUAUUAAAAAC